AGCAUUGCCCGUUGAACUUUCAAAUUGUGAAACAAAACAAAUUGUUUGGAUUGGUUGGAUGGUGAAAAAUAGCAUCAGCUUCACGUUUGUUUAGAUUUGUUUACUUGAUUUAGAUAUUAUAACUUUGUGAAAUACGAAUAUCAUGAUAUUGUGAUAAUUUCGUGAAUACGAUGGAUGACACGCAACAAAGCCGCGCUUCGGAUAUCGGCGGCGCUACUAGGAAGAGACGAUCUUCGAUACUUAAAAUCCAACGACCGCCCCGCACCCCGUUCUCCGAGCUAGAGUUUAACGUCGCCACGCCUACAGACACAGUCAAAAGUCGACGCGUCAGCUUCUCUAGAAGGACAGGUGUUGCAGAGUUUGUGACUAAUGAAGCAACAACCACUUGGAAAAACUUUUAUGAGGAACACAAUAAAUCUUUGGAGUCUUCGGGUAACGAUUCUGGAGCGAAUGCGACACGUCAGCCAAUAGGUCAUUUAGGAAAGAGGAUAUUUGAACAGCAAUUUGAGGAAGUGGAAGCGGUGGAUUUUAUAACCUCCCUCGAUAACUUAGCUGCCAGAAACAUCAACUCUACAAUAAACGUUAACUUCACGGAACAGCUUGCUUCCAUUGAGAGUGCCGCGGACAAAAAUCUCGCGCCCCCCAAAAUCAAUUUCGAAUUAAGCGCAUUCACAGAUCAUCAUAGUAAGCUUUUUACUGAUGAUCUUGCUGUAUCAAUGGCAGGAGAAAUGUCAGGGCGUAUCGAUGUUAAUUUCUCUGCAGUGCAGUCGUUAAACGUGAACGACGAUCUAGAUGAGAUACAAAGAGAUUUGCAAAGGCGCAACAAUGCAAUUGAGCCGGUCCAGUUUAGGGAUGUCAAAAACUUUUCGGAAUAUAUCGAGAUUGAGUUGGACACAACACAUGUUGCUCAUAAGAAUGAAGAGUCAGAUAUGUCGAUAACGGAAACUAUUCGCAGUCCUAAAGUUAAUAUUUCUAAAACUUCCAGUCCGCCUGAUAAAAAAUGCAGUUUAAAUUGGAUUUAUGAUAAAGAGAAUUGCCCUGGCGAUUUGAAAGCAAAAUCUUUAAUUUUCGAUAAUAAUGAUAUGUCUAUAACUACAGCUCUUCAAAGCAAAGUGGAUAUUGAAGUGGGGAAACAACAAACUAUGAUAUUCGAUUGCGUGAGUGAUUUAUCGAUGACUAAACCUAUACCAACGAAAAUGUUAUCCAAUAGAAGCAUAGUUAUUGAAAAAUCUGAUUCGAACACCAUUUGUAGCAUGAGAGCGGAAGAUAACACUUCUGAAAAGCGUAAAACUAUUAUAUUUGAAGAUGGUUUAGGUGAUCUGUCUAUAACAAAACCUAUUCCAGCUAAACUGUUGUCUGUUCCUAGUGAAAACGAACAAAAACCGAAUUUAAAUGAUGAUUCCAGCAAACCUAGUGCACAAACAGUGGAAUAUGAGGAGGAAAAAUGUAAAACAGUAUUAUUUGAAGAUAAUUUAGGCAAUCUCUCUAUGACUAAGCCUAUACCAGCUCACUUGCUGUCAAUUUAUAACGAAAUAAUAGAUAAAUCGGUUAAUAAUGUGACUAAUUUGAAAGUUGAAGACAAUAAUGCUGAAAAACGCAAGACUAUUUUAUUCGAAGAUGGUUUGGGAGAUCUAUCUAUGACGAAACCAAUUCCAGCUAAAUUGCUUUCUGUUCAUAGUGAAAGCGAAGAAAAAUUGAACUUAAAAUAUCAGCCCAGCACACAAACUGUAGUAGAUGGGGAAGAAAAAUGUAAAACUAUAUUAUUUGAAAACGAUUUAGGUGACCUCUCUAUGACUAAACCUAUUCCAGUUCAAAUGCUGUCAAUUUAUAGCGAAAUUAUAGAUAAAUCCGUUAAUAACAUGACUUGUUUGAGAGCUGAAGAUAAUACAGCUGAAAAGCGUAAGACUAUACUAUUUGAAGAUGGAUUAGGGGAUCUCUCUAUGACGAAACCCAUUCCUGCUAAAUUACUGUCAGUUCAUAGCGAAAGCGAAGAAAAAAUUGAUUUAAAAGAUAAACCUAGCUUACAAACUGUAGUUGAUGCUGAAGAAAAAUGUAGAACUAUACUAUUUGAAGACGAUUUAGGCAAUCUCUCUAUGACUAAGCCGAUUCCAGCUAACUUGCUGCCAAUUCGAAACGAAAUCACAGAAAAUGAAAAUUUUUUUUCAAAUACCCAAUUUAAUAAAUCUAACUUGCAAUUUAUAAGAAGCAAGAUAGAAAAUAGUAGAACUGAAGAUGACGAUUUGCAGGAUAUCUCUAUGACUGGACCUACUUCAUCUGUAUUUCUGUUAGAUAAUUUGAACGAUAAUAAACAGUCGACGGCAAUAGACAAUAAGAAGUCUCUUGAUCAACCUUUAGAAAACAUCGCAGAAAAGCGCAAAACUAUAUUAUUUGAUGAUGGUGAUAUCUCUAUGACGAGACCUAUUGAAACUAGAUUGCUAUCGACAGUUCAUAGUGAGAUCAUAAAUACAUCGAAUAAGAAUUACAAUCAUGACUAUAAUGAAAAUGAGUCUAAAUUACAUGAUAAAGGUAAUGAGGAAAAGGAAAAUGAGUCUAAAUUACAUGAUAAAGGUAAUGAGGAAAAGGAAAAUGAGUCUAAAUUACAUGAUAAAGGUGAAAAAUUAACGUCCAUAUCUAUAUCUAAUACUGUAAAACCAUCUAAAGAAAAUGAUACAAAAAAUGAAAGUAUUAUAUUUGAUGAUGGCGAUUUGUCCAUGACAAAGCCCAUUCCGAAUAGAUUGCUGUCAACACACAGUGAAAUUAUAGAUAAAUCUAAUACGAAUGAAAAUUUUGACAAUCAUAGAGGUUCUGUUCCUGAACAUAAACGUAAUGAAAAUAGGUUUGAGAUUGUACUUGAUGAAGAUGACAAAUUAACAUGUAUACCUAUCUCAGAAGAUGUAGAGCCGAAAGAAAAAUGUAAAAGUAUUAUAUUUGAUGUAGGAGAUGCAAAACCUAUUACAACUAAACUUUUAUCUUCACCUACAGAAAAAUUGGACACAAAUUAUGUACUGAGAAAACCUAGUCUACAUAAAUCUCAAACUAUUGUAGACGAUAAUAAUGAAAUGAUUGCAGACAUGUCUAUAGAUAUGCAAAAAGAUUUAGAUAAUUCACAUAAACCUGAAAUUAAUGAUAUUUUGGAAAAAUUUAUCACAACUAAAACUACACCAGCACCAUUACUUUCGGAUGAUAAUGUUAUGAUUAAUGCCUCACACGGACUUUUAGCCAAGAAUCACACAAUAAAUCUCGUAGAUAAAAUAAGCAAUGAAAAUAUUUGUAAACCUAUAAUAUCAAUGGAUUUAUUCAAAACAGAAAAUGUUGAAGCGAAACAUUCUCCUAAAAAAACUGAGCUUUCUGCUUUAGAUUUUUCGAAUUUCAAAUCUCAAGAUGUCGUCGUUUAUCAAGUAACGACAAAUGAAUCUUCAAAAGAGCAGAGAGACAUUUCCGAAGAUUACCACAGUGAACAGGGUGAUGUCAAAGUAGUCCAGUCAAUCGACAAUAGAAACAAUGAUUUAGAUACAAUUAACAGAAGUGAGGAUCAUGUCAAGGAAGAAAAGUCUUUCAAAGAUGAGAAACAGAAAUUAUUUAAUAAAUCUGAAAAUAGAGAAGAGAUUAAAGAUAUAUCAAGAAAUGCUUCAAUGUGUAGCGAAGUGGGAAAUCAAUCCUUAACGCGCACUCUUUCCAAAAAAUCUUUUAUCUGUGACCUUUUAGAUAUGUCGAAAGCUUCCAUAGCGUCUGGACUUGACGACAAGGAUGUAACAGCAAAUAUUACUUUAGAUAAUAUUUCCGCUAAUGAUAUACCAAAACAUGAAAUGGAAAGUGUUACUAGCGAAAUGUUUUACAUUACAAAAGACACAGACAGCGAAACUAGACCACACGAAUCGAGAGAUGCUAUUAACUUUACCGAGAAAGACACGAGAGAACAUUUAUCACAUGAAUUCCAUCAAUCUGAAUGCGAACCUCAAAACGAUACCAGUGUUCAGAACAUUUCAGAAGUAAAAGAAUCUUACGAAGAUGUUGGUAAUUCUUUAAAUACUAGAGAUUGCACAAAAGUGCGUAGUGCUAAUAUGUCGGCUGACGUUAGCGCCGAGUUUGCCCAGAACAAUACAGAAAUAUCUAGACGGCCAAAGAGUAUUAGCGAAGUGGAUAACACUAAACAAUUAUUGGAUAUGCUAUCAGACUUAACAGAUGGACAUAGAUCGAUUUCGAGUGGCUCACCGCUGUCUUUAACUUGUAGAGGUCAAAUGGCCAUAGAAAAUAAGACCGCUGAACCAAAAAGAGUUAGUAUCGCACCGAACAGACAGUCUAUAGUGUUGAGCCGUGAAGACUUGAUGAGUAACAUUUCGAUGGCACAGGCAGCUUUGCAAAGAUCUAUUGCAAUGGAUGAUAGUGACGAAGAAGAACCAAUAACAGCUCCUUCAGUUUCUCCUCCGAAAAAAUCGGUGCGAGUCAGCAACGAAGUUGUCAAGACAUUGCAUUUCGAAGAUGAAUCUACAAGCGAAUUUAGUGUGAGAUCUGACCUUCGAACGACACUAAGGAAGGUUCCGUUGGAAGAUAUUUCUUACCAAACUGGAAGGAUAAAAGCGAACGUUAUACCGUCAUAUUUGAAAGACGUGUCGGAUGGAAUCAAAUCGUUAAUGAUCGACCUUGUGAAGCCAAUGCGAGACGACAUGCCGUACGAGGCUGUUAACAUCGGUGAGAGUGUAAAAAAGACCACUUCUACAUGCAGUACACAAAUACAAACCAAUCUUUACACUUCCAGCCAAAUUGAUCUGAACACCAAUGAGAUAUAUUCUAAUUCAGACAUGUUUAACGUAGAGAAGAAUGAUAACGUCAACAGGAAUACACUAAGUCCUCAAAGCACUUUGAAAAGUGUAUCUUUUAUUGGAUCGGAUGUGUACGCUCAUUCGGAUUUGGUUUCGAGGAAUUUGAAAGAUGCCUCGUUUAGACCAACAAGACUUCCACCAAAUGAACCAGUUCCCGGUAAAGUCUUACUUUUCGAUCACAUGAAUCCAUUGAAUAAUGUUUUGUUGACUCCCACGGAGUAUACCGAAGUGCACAAGUAUAGUCCUUCGGCCGGAUCUCAGGAAACUUUAGGUGGUUCUGACAAAAGUCACUCUGCACAGUCUCGAGGCAACGAUUAUAAUAUAGGAAACGUUACGGUUCCAUUUAACGUCCAGUACAAUAUGGGCUGUCAAUCAGGCACUCAAGAAAACAUAUCCAGCCAUCCAAGUGUAUUGUCAAACAUCUCUAAACCGUUGGCUGUAGACCAAGCUGUUGGAGUGAAAAUAACAGAAGUCAAAGAUAUAGAAGUGAACACAGCUAUCAUUAUGAAAAAGAAUAAAGAAUUAUUAGAGACCAGUUCUUCGCUGACUCUAGUCGAUGACGAUUUAGUUCGAGCGAGUUUCAACGCCGAAGCGUAUUCUGAAGUGCACACAAAAUCGGUCAGCAACGUUUCCGAAUCGAACAGCCAAGCGCCUUUACGAGUGAUAUACAAACUCAAACGUGACGUUUCAAAGUGCGAUAACGCAGAGACAAUCGAUUCGGACAUGGCGUCGAACGACGAAGACGUCGCUAAAGCGAAAAAACGUAGUCACAGUCCUGGCAAAACGGAGAAACAUAAGAACUCACCGCAAAAACAGAACGUUACACCGAAACCUAAUGCUAAAGUGCAAAAACUAUCAGACACGCCACAUUCCAAAAGCUAUUCUCUUAAACGCACAUCAGGCAAUAAGUCUAUAAUUGAAAGGUACUUCUCGAGCGCGGAGAGUAAAAUGGACGUGUCUCCUUGCAAAGAAAAGGAUGCGACUCGUAAACGAUCGCCUCGGAAGAAACUCAGUCCGAAAAAGGGUACAUCGAUAAUGGUGCAGCAGUUGUUGACAGAGUUCAAUGUGAGACAAGACGUCGAUCAGAAGAAUUUGAACAAGCAGAUCCUCGAAGCGUUGAGCAGGACCGAUAGUUCGGCGGCGCCCGAUUCGGUGUCGGAGUGCGAGAGAAGCGUGGAGCUGGUCAGCUCGUUCACGAGUAGUAAGAACCAGUACAAGGCGCGGCCGAGUUCGAUCACGAUGUCUACUGACAGUCAUUGUGAGCUGUGGAGUGCUGAAAACGCGAAAUCUGACUGCGACGCCAGCGUCAAUGUCGUCGCUAGGAUUGACAUGCUACCUUUUAUGGGGAGCCACGAAUGCGAAUGGGCGUCGUCGGGCACGGACGCGUGGUGUUUCCAGCUGCUGCACGGGCGGCUGCGGCUGGUGGUGCGGCUGGCGCACCGCCACCACAACUCCACGCGCACGCGCGUGCGCGGAGACACGCCCGUGCUGGCGGUCACCGUGCACCAGUCGCACCACAACAGUGACCUGCGUAACUCGGUAGCGAUGUCGUGCAUAACGUUCGCGUGCGCCGCGCUGCGAUGGAGCACGUGCGCGUGCACGAGCGCAGGCGCGGUGCCGGCGCUGCUGCGGCGCGCGGCCGGCGUCGCGCGCCGCGCGCUCACGUGGGGGCGCGCGAUGCACGACGCGCGCGUGCACCUCGCCUACACCCUCAGCGAUGACCAGAAACUCGUGCUCAAGGUGGCGAAUAUUCCGAUGCGUUGCGUGUGGGAGGUGACCAUGAAGCUGGUGCUGACGCGGGAGGAACCCUGGCCGCAAGCGACUGAUGUUCAGGUGACGCGCGUGCUGGACGCGCGCGCGUGCGCGGACCGGCGGCUGGACGCGCUGCUGGCGGCCGUGCCGCGCGGCUGGGCGCACGUGCCCGACACCGUCUGGACGCUGUUCAAAUACCUCAAACACAAAGGCACGGCGGAAUCGAGUCAGAUGAUACUAUAAGCGUCUUAGUCUGGUUAGAUUAAGGAUAUGUUUGUGAUCAGCAAGACUGUUAAAAGCCACCGUCGCUCUGUAUAAUAACUAAAAUGUACGGCGCGAAACAUUAAAAUAAUAAAUUUAUGUAAAAAUAUUGUCUAAAAGUGAAUAUGGAGUCCGGCCGUUAGGAACUUUUUCUUGUUAUUCUAGACGCAGAAUGUCGAUGUCGCAAAAUGUCAUCGUGGAAAAUUGUUGCUUUGGCAAAACGACAUUUUCGCUCUAAAAAAAUAUUUUGCUUCCUAGCUAGCUUGUUGUCUGUAGUGGAUUUCUUCAACGCGCGAACACUGGCUCAAAAAACGGUAGAGGGGGCUACCGUUUGUUUGUUUGUAGUAUUGAGUGCGAUGACAUUUUGCGACGUUCUAUUUCAAUCAAAUGAAAAGGCGCCUAUAAAGCCUAAAUAGACUGCAAUAUGACUGGAUGGACUUUUCAAAUUAAGCUAAUGUGUUAAAGGUUAUGAGAAUGAAUUCUUAGAGAUAGAAUUUCGUAGUUUAAAAUAUAAACCAAAAGACGCUACGAGUGAAAAUCGGUAACAUAUUCACCUAAACUUCAUUUUUGGCAAACAUAAUGGAAGCGGCUUCUUUGAAUAUUUUUAUUAAAAACGAAAUCUCGGGAUUCCUCGAUUGGAUAUCUAAUCUAAUAUCUAAUGUAAAUAAUAAAUCCUCCCUCGUUUAAAUAUACAAGGGAGUGGGCGGGGCGGUGUGGUUAAAAACGCAAUUUAAUAUACUCAUUCUUUAAAAACACCUAAAGAUAUUUUUUGGAAAUUCAACUCCAAAGAAGUUUUAUAAAAGAUUGAAUGAUAUGAACAUACGUUGAAACCUGUAAGACAGCUGUUAAUUCUGCACGCUGUCAUAGUUUAUUUUAUAGUAAUCUUGGACCAGUGUGGAAAUACCGGAAUACAUUUAAAAUUUGACCGUUUAAAUUUAAUAAUCACGGGAUCCCGGAUUUUUUGAUAAAAAAAAGUGCUUUCCAUAACAGCCAACAUCGGAACUUAGUGGAAAUACACAAGCUCAAAAAUCUUUAUAGAACUUGAUGAUAUACAUCAUUGACGUUAAAAAUGUGUAAUAUAUAUAAUAUAUUAUAUAUAACACUAAGUCUACCGCCGACUUCUAAUACGCAGGUGAAGAACAAGCGGCGAAACAAACAUCACCGCAGCCUUUUCUCCGAAGACGUCAAUUAACAAAUGUAGGUCUUAUAUUUACCAUACCUCAUGCCUGUCUAUAAAGAGUAAGGACGCUGUCUCCUGUCGGUUGGCAACACUGGGUGUUAAUCGACAAAUCUUGACCAUUCUAUUUGGUAUUGCAAUGGCAACAAAAUUUAGUUAAAAAUCCGUUUUAUACUCUUUAUUUGCAUGUGUAUCUUCACCAAUAUAUAAAUGUGUAUCUGAAUACAAUCUCUGCUUGGGAUAUAUUUAUGAAAUGAUGUUGGGAAUACAUAUGUAGGUUACCUUGGUUUGCCUGAUGAUAAUUACAUUGUUUUUAUGUAAUGUCCGUGUUUAAAUGUUCAGCCCAUAAAUAGGUAAUGUAGACACAUAGGCCAGAUUUGAUUGAAGCCAGAUUGUUUAUCUGAAUGUCAAAAUUUAUUUCAAAAAAUUAUUACCAACAAAUAAAAUUAUGUCAAUGAAAAAAGUAGUAAUAUGUAUCAGGAAACAUAAAAAGCGUAAAAAUACCUCGAUUUUUGAAAAGAGUUGAUGGGUUGAGUUUAGGAUGAGUUGCGAACGGACUGAGUAGCAUUGGGACAAGUUAAUUACGUAGGGUGAGUUGUGAAUAGAGCGUGAUUUAUGUUUUGCAUAAUUAUCUCUUAAAUAUUAUCUUAUCUGUAGAACAAUUAGGCUAAAAUUUGUUACUGUGGACAUUUUCCUAAACAUUUAUCAUAUAUUUGAUGUGUUUUAUAUUGAAAUAAAUCGGUUGCUUUGUAUAUAAA